CCAGUCAACUCCACUUCCAAAACUUCUUCUCUCUUUUCCACCAAAUUUCCUUGCACUAUGAAACCAUCCCAAAACCCAACAUCUCUCUUGCACAGCAAUUUCUACCUUUAUUACCACACUACAUAUUCUCUUCUUGUUCACUUCACUUGCUCUUUCCUUCCUCUGAUUAUGUUCUCUUCCACAUGAACAACACAAUAAAAUAGAUGAUACAUUAUAGUACUGGAGGGUAAUCACAGUUUACAAAGCAGACAGACAACACAGCUAGAAACAUGGGAAUUUGCAGGUAUGAGUACAAAGCAACCUCUUUCCUGCUUAUUACAACUUUACUCAUGUUUGGGUUCUGUCCUCUGGUUUUGUCUCUGCUCUCUCAAAACCAAACAAACACCAUGAUCAAUCUCUCCAAUCUUCUCAACAUCCCUGGUUGGAAUGAUUCCAAAGACCCUAAUCCAUGUGCAUGGAAAGGGGUCAGUUGUGAUCUUACAAACUCAUCUGUGAUCAAGAUUAUCCUAUCUGGGUAUUCUCUUGGUUCUUCAGAAUUUCUUCCUGUUGUUUGCAAAAUUGAAACUUUGCAGCACUUUGAUGUCUCUAAUAACCAUCUGAGCUCUAUCCCAGAUGGGUUCAUCUCUGAAUGUGGAAAGAUUGAGAGUAUAAAGCUGCUGAAUUUCAGUGGAAUCAAGUUAAAUGGUUUUUUGCCUACUCUUGAUGGUUUUGAGGGUUUGGAAACCCUUGAUUUGUCUUUCAAUGGUUUGGAAGGGGAAAUUGGUUUGCAGCUAGAUGGAUUGGCUAGCCUCAAGGUUUUGAAUCUCAGUAACAAUCACUUCACUGGGAAUCUUCCUACCAACCUAGGAAAGUCUAUGGUUUUGGAGCAGCUUCUGCUUUCAAAAAAUCUUUUUGGAGGACCAAUCCCAGAUCAAAUUUUGAGCUAUAGAAAUUUGACUGUGGUUGAUUUUGAUGAAAAUCUUCUUUCUGGGCCAAUCCCUAUCAAUAUUGGGAACCUAUCCAAAUUGGAAAAUUUGAGUCUUUCCUCUAAUAGACUCGUUGGCGAAAUCCCAGUAACGCUCAUGAACAUCACAACCCUUACAAGAUUUGCAGCACAUCAAAACCAUUUCAGUGGUGCAAUUCCUCUUGGAGUUUCAAAGUUCCUGAGGAAUUUGGACCUUAGUUAUAAUAAUUUAUCUGAGUCCAUUCCUGAAGACCUUUUAUCUCCACCACUGUUGGUGGCUAUUGAUUUGUCCCAUAACAAAUUACAAGGGCCUUUACCUGCAAACAUCUCUCCUAGUUUAGUCAGGUUGAGAUUAGGGGGAAAUUCCCUCACUGGAGCGAUUCCUUCAGGUACUUGUCAAACCGUUCAAGAUUUGACAUACAUGGAGCUGGACAGUAAUAAGUUGACCGGUUCGAUACCUCCCGACUUGGGUUCGUGCCGGAAAUUGGCCUUGUUGAAUUUGGCUGAGAACCAAUUGACUGGUGCAUUGCCUCCAGAACUUGGCAAACUUGGCAACCUUCAAGUCUUGAAGCUUCAAAUGAACAAGCUUAAUGGGACUAUCCCAAUUCAAAUUGCUCAACUACACAAGUUAUCUACCCUGAAUUUGAGCCGGAAUUCUCUGGAUGGACCAAUUCCAUCUGAGCUAUCAAGCUUGACAUACCUCACAUUCCUGCACUUGCAAGGAAACAAUCUCAAUGGUGCUAUACCCUCAUCCAUUAGAAACUUGGGGUCUCUUAUAGAACUUCAACUUGGGAAAAACCAGCUAAGUGGUGAUAUUCCACAUAUGCCUGUGAGUCUACAGAUUGCUUUGAAUCUCAGUAGCAACCACUUCAGUGGAACUAUUCCUAGCAGUUUUGGUGAUUUGGCUAACCUUGAAGUUUUAGAUCUCUCAAAUAACUACUUUUCUGGCACAAUUCCUCAGUCUCUGACUAAAAUGCUAUCAUUGACACAGCUGCUACUUUCAAACAAUCAUCUCACAGGUGUUCUUCCAGAUUUUGGUUCUCAUGUUAAUAUCGAUAAAAGAGGAAAUCAUGUCACAGAAAAUAGAAAUGUCUCACCCAACAACAAUUCUCCAAGAGCACAAAAGAAUGGGAAAUCUGUUGUUGCGGCAGUUCUUGCUGCAAUUGCUGCUGCUGUUUUUCUGGUUGGCCUGGUCACCCUGGUGGUUUUAUCAAUCUCCCGACACUAUACCAGGGUUAACGUCGAACAAAUGCAGACCGGUGAAGGUGAAAAUCUUCAUCUUCCUCCUCAGGUCACUCAUAGUAGUUUGUUAACUCCAAACAGGAUCCAUAUAUCAAACAUUGACUUCUCCAAGGCCAUGGAAGCUGUUGCUGAAACAUCAAACAUUACACUGAAAACCAGGUUUUCAACUUAUUAUAAGGCCACUAUGCCUUCUGGAUCAAUCUACACUGUCAAGAAGCUUAACUGGAGUGACAAGAUAUUCCCGGGUAGCAGCCUUGAUAAAUUUGGGAGAGAGCUUGAUGUCUUGGCAAAGUUGAACAAUUCGAAUGUCAUGGUUCCCCUAGCCUAUAUUUUGUCCACUGACAGUGCUUAUAUAUUGUAUGAGUAUGUCUCGAACGGCUCCCUUUUCGAUGUGCUGCAUGGAAGCAUGGGAGGAAACUCAUUAGAUUGGGCUAGCAGAUAUAGUAUAGCUGUUGGGGUGGCUCAGGGUCUCUCUUUUCUGCAUGGAUUUUCCUCUGGUCCAAUACUUCUCCUUGACUUGUCUAGUAAGAGUAUUAUGCUGAAAUCCCUCAAGGAGCCUCUAGUUGGGGAUAUUGAACAUUAUAGGGUGAUUGAUCCCUCCAAGAGUACAGGGAGUUUUUCUGCAGUUGCUGGUUCAGUUGGCUAUAUUCCUCCAGAGUAUGCAUACACCAUGAGAGUAACAAUGGCAGGGAAUGUCUAUAGCUUUGGGGUCAUUUUACUGGAAUUGCUGACAGGAAAACCUGCAGUGACUGAAGGCACUGAAUUGGUCAAGUGGGUUUUGUGCAAUUCAAGAAAUCAAGAUUACAUUCUUGAUUUUAGUGCUAGUAGAACAUCACAGGCUUGCAGAAACCAGAUGCUUGCAACUCUGAAGAUUGCUCUUGGUUGUGUGAGCACAUCCCCUGAAGCAAGACCAAAGAUGAAGACUGUGCUACGGAUGUUGCUAAAUGCUAGAUAAAAUCAUACUCACAAUAGGUGUAUUAAGUUUUCAAGAAUUUUGUUUUAGGUGGUGUGUUAAAUCUAUAAAAGAUAAAUAGAAUGUCUGAUAGGGUGAAUUUUGUUCAAUACUAUUGUGGUGCUGUAGAAAAUUAAGGUGUGUAAAAGGAAUCAGUUUGCUAUCAAAGACAUUAAGCAUAUAGUCAUACAUAAAGUUGAUUUUUAGAUAUACAAA